GCGUCGGCGGUUUGUUCAUGGGAGCGCAGAGCUAGGUACUGUUAGCAGGUCAGUGGCCAAGAUUACUUCUCCUACUUGUCAAAUAAAAGUAAAGUAAACCGCUGCUGGACAAUUAGACACGUCACGAAUCUCCUUCUUACGUCUCCCUUGUUUGCUGGAGCCGUGUGCAAAACGUUACAGCUGCGCGCGCUGCCAGCUAGCUCGCGCUGAAUACCAGUUCUCUACGGUCCCGAGAGUCGCGUCGCGUAUGAACACCGUCCGGGACACGCGUCGCUUCUAGCUCCCUCUCUCCGUGAGACGAGCCCGCCACGGAGACGACCUGAACCCGGGACGAGCUGCACACAGAGCCGCCAACACGGGAGCCCAGAAGUCGACGGUUCAACCAGAGAGCGGCUGCGUCUCUGGUCGUUUAUGAGAAGUUAUUCACAACUACACGGCACAUAUCUGUGGAGUAAUACUUCCGUAAUUUCAUUUGAUCCUGAUCCUGAGCGCCUGGUUGCAGCUCUGCUGUGGUUGAAGCGUGAGGUUUAAUAAAGCAGAAAAGAUGAUGGAAGAGAGCGGCAUUGAGACGACGCCUCCGGCCAGCCCGACGGCCGUGUCCGCGGCGGCCGCCCCCCCGCCGAUAACCCGAGGUCUGUCCAGCCCUCUGUCCCCCCCCGGCUCCGUCGGCCCCCCCUCCUCCGCCGCCGCUCUCGGCCCCCCUCCCUUCGUCCCCGCCUUCAGCAGCCCCCUCGCCCCUCCCCCCUCCCUGUCGGGCCACUUCCCCCCUCCCUCCGCCCACGCCUCCCCCUACACCAGCGGCGCUCACCACUUUCCUCCAUCCCCCUCCCUGCCUCCCCCGCCCUCCUCCGGGGGACCGCCUCCCCUGUCGGCCCCUCCCUCGGGCCCGCCCAUGUCCACCUUCUCCAUGAGUGCGCGAUACGACAUCACGCGGGGUCACGCCGGUCGGACGCCGCAGACGCCGUUGAUGCCGACGUUCUCCGGCCCCAACGCCAUGCCGGGCGUGUCGAACCCCAUGGUGCAGCAGCCAGCCAUGAGCGGGGGCUUCGGGGCGGCGUCCGCCAUCACGUUCCCCGAGGAGCAGGAAGACCCCCGGGGGCCAGAGCAGAGCAGCACUGGGGGAGGCAUCUGGGGCUUCUUCAAGGGAGUGGCCAGUAACCAGGUGGUGAAGACGGUCCUGGACAAGACGAAGCACUCUGUGGAGUCCAUGAUCACCACGCUGGACCCGGGCAUGGCGCCGUACAUCAAGUCCGGCGGGGACAUCGACAUCGUGGUGACCUCCAACAAGGAGGUGAACGUGGAGGCGGUCCGAGACGCCUUCCAGGAGGUCUUUGGGAUGGCGCUGGUCACCGCAGAGCCCGGCCAGUCCAACAUCGCCCCGCAGCCCGUGGGCUACGCCGCCGGGGUCAAGGGCGCUCAGGAGCGCAUCGACAGCCUGCGCCGGGUCGGCGUGAUCCACGAGAAGCAGCCGGUCGUCUCUCUGGAAAACUUCAUCGCUGAGCUGUUCCCUGACAAGUGGUUUGACAUCGGCUGUCUGGUCCUGGAGGACCCGGGUCACGGGGUCCGGAUCGAGGUCUUCACCCAGGCGACUCCUCUGGCUCUGGACCACGUCCAGCAGGCCCAGUCCCUGACCCCCCCCGACUACAGCCUGCGCUGGUCGGGCCUCAUCGUCACGGUGGGCGAGGUUCUGGAGCGCAGCGUGCCCAACACCACCCGGGCCGACUGGCACCAGGCCGUGACGGGCAUGACGCAGCGCCAGAUGAUCCACAGCGCCGCCAAAGCUCUGGCUGGACUCUACAAGCGGCAGCUGCCCCCCCGCACCGCGUGAGGGCCCGGUGGGUCCACAGUGGGUCCACAGUGGGUCCACAGUGGUCCACGUACUGGGAGGACUGGGGGAGGAAGAGGCCGGCGUGUCGGGCGGCGAGGUUCCUCAAAGCCUCAAAGCCUCAAAGCCUCGAUGCCUCGAUGCCUCAAACCCAAACACACAUUUCUCUUGAGGAUAUUUUCCUGACGGUUCAACGAAGGAAUCUCCUCGUCCCGCUCCCGAAGGUUACACCGUUUACACGACGCCCGGAUCUCUGUGUUCUUGUUCUGUUUAUUGACGCUCGUGGUUGUUGUUCAUGGACCUGGUUCUGUGUUUAUGGACCAACGGGCCUCACGGGUCCAACAUGCGGCUUCCUUUGGGGGAAAGAGAGCCGACCAACAUGUGGGAACCUGGAAGCUGAGACGUGGCCCAAUGACUCUGAAUAUAAAGUGGACCUGGUCUUAUGGGUGGUUCUGAGUGGACCUGGUCUUAGGUGGGUGGUUCUGAGUGGACCUGGUCUUAGGUGGGUGGUUCUGAGUGGACCGGGUCUUAGGUGGGUGGUUCUGGUCCUCCGUAGUGCCUGUUGCAGCGUGUCGUCUCCGUGGCAUCAGGACCCGACACUUUUAAAGGGAGCUUAUUGUGAACCGUGUGGCGUGGGAACCGGGAACCAACCCGACCCGGUCGGUUCUUGUGGUGCCAGGAUCCGAUAACAUGCGGCUCAAUAAGCCACGCCCCCUUGGCGCCCCGACUUGUCUUCAAUCUUUAAUGUUCUCUACUGACCAGCAGGGGUAGAUUGUAUGUAUAAAAUAUAUAUAUAUGUGUAUAUUUAUAUAUAUGUGUGUGUGUAUAUACAGGACUGUCUCAGAAAAUUAGAAUAUUGUGAUAAAGUUCUUUAUUUUCUGUAAUGCAAUUUAAAAAAACAAAAAUGUCAUGCAUUCUGGAUUCAUUACAAAUCAACUGAAAUAUUGCAAGCCUUUUAUUCUUUUAAUAUUGCUGAUUAUGGCUUACAGCUUAAGAAAACUCUAAAAUCCUAUCUCAUAACAUUUUAAUAUUUCCUCAGACCAAGUAAAAAAAAAGAUUUAUAACAGCUGAGUGUUUGUCAAGGCUCAGGAAACCCUUGCAGGUGUUUCCAGUUAAUUAGACAAUUCAAGUGAUUUGUUUAAUACCCUACUAGUAUACUUUUUCAUGAUAUUCUAAUAUUUAGAGAUAGGAUAUUUGAGUUUUCUUAAGCUGUAAGCCAUAAUCAGCAAUAUUAAAAGAAUAAAAGGCUUGCAAUAUUUCAGUUGAUUUGUAAUGAAUCCAGAAUGCAUGACAUUUUUGUUUUUUUAAUUGCAUGACAGAAAAUAAAGACCUUCAUCACAAUAUUCUAAUUUUCUGAGACAGUCCUGUAUAUAUGUGUGUGUGUGUGUGUAUAUAUAUAUACAAAGUCCCCUUUUAAAGAGCCAGUCAAAAUGUUUCUACAGAUCUUGUUUUUAUUUCCUCAUGUAAAUAAUUUCUUUCUUUAACUUGUUCGAGGGCCCCUUUAUUUACCCCCCCCCCCCCCCCUCCUGUAUUCCUCACGCCAAAUGUAUGUAAUAAUUAGCGGAGCUCGUUAUGAAGCUCUGGAGCUCAAACUGGCUCCUUGUUCUGGAGCCGAUGAUCUCAACUGGGACCAACACGGCGUCGCUCUGCUUUCUGUCUGCAUGUCGUGAUCCUCUGACUCCAUCUCGGUGUGGAGUGUCUGAGGGCUGCAUGAUGUUUUAUAUACUACCGAUUGGUUUUAAACAUUCGUUGAUUCUUACUAGUUUUAAUUCAAACUAUUUGCACAUCAUUCCCUCCGUGUGUACGUACGGCUGCACUCAUUGGCCGACGACUCCUUCUGACCUGACAGCUGAGCUGUGAUUGGAUAAGAAGGAUGCAUUAAUAUCUGGAACGCCGUGAGGAGAAGUCUGAGUUGAGUGAAGUCCUUGUGUGUCGGUUCCCCUCGAUGUGCCUUUUUACACGACUAAUAAAUCACUUUUCCAUGCC